AUGACUAAAUACAUUAGAAUACAAGAGUUUUUAAUAUUAUUUGUAAUUUUAUUUAAUAUUGGAAAAAUUAAAGUAGAUACUUUUAAAGUAUGUGAGACUGCAGAUUGUAGAAAUUUCAAUGCAUUAGCUUGGAAUCCCGUAUAUAUAGAUAAUAUUUCUUCGACUCCAACUCAAGGAGGCAUUACAGUAAAAGGUUUAUCACUUGUUUCAUCUCCACCCGGAAGCUCACAGAUUUGUUUUAAUAAAUACUGUGUUGAUGAAAGUGAUACUAAUACUGCAGGAACAGAAAUACAUUUCAAUAUUGGUCAGAACAUUACCUCUUUAAUCUCUGGUCAAAAUAUUCCAGUUUUUUUUUAUGUAAGAGGAAUUUCAACUGAAUCUUUGUACCCCGCUAUUUUUAUUCAAAAAAAUUUUUCAUUCCAAGCACCAACAAUCUCAUCAGUUGUAUUUAAUAGAGAUGCUAAUCAAAUCACAAUGACUGGAACCAAUUUCGGUGUAAAUGGAAUUUCUUUGGCUAUGAUUUCUAAUGGUGUUAAUUUACAACCAACCGAUUUAGUUGAUAAUACUGUUAUUAUAUCAAAUGUGAAUCCUCAAAACUAUUCAUUCUCUGGUGAUUUCCAAUAUAAUUUGAAUGUUGGUUCUCCAAAUCCAAAUUCAGCAACCUAUACUCAACAACUAUAUCCAGUUGUAACAUCAGUAACCUCUACUUCAUCAACUGGUGGAACAAUCUCAAUUUAUGGAUAUAGAUUGAAUCUUUUCAAACCAAGUGUAACUAUUUCACAGGUUUCCAUCCUUGUUGGAGGUUAUACAUGUACAGUAUUGACACUGAAUGACCAAACAAAUUCAUUUAUUGAAUGUUCAUUGCCAGCAAUUCCAAGUGGUUCACAGAAAUAUAAUUUAUCAGUGGUUGUUAACAUUAAUGGAAAGCAUUCCAAUAGUGAUAUAUUAUUCUCUGUCGAUCUUUCAAAUAUCCAAGAAGUAUCACAAGAUAACGGAAAUACAAUUAUUAUCGGUUCAUCAUUUGGUAAUGAUACAACAUCAAUAAUAUUACAUUUCAAUGGUAGUACUCCAAUGUCACCGAUCUCAAUUUCCGACUCGAUGAUAACAUUUAAAUUUCCAACAAACACACCAUCUGGUAUAUACAAUGGAAACACACUGACCAAAUUCAACACAUCACCAACCUUUCCAUUUAAGAUAACAAUACAACCAUACAUCACAUCAAUAACGUCACCACCAACACAAGGUGGAAUUGUAACAAUCAGUGGUCAAUAUAUGACUUCCAACAUCCAAGGAAAUGAGAAUAUCACUGUGAAUGUGUAUGAUCCAAAAUCUAAUCUUAUCACUCAAUGUUCAAAUGCAACGAGAUUGAACAGUACCAGUGUGACCUGUAUUGCACCAGAAGUGGAACAUCUGCUUAUUUGCAACUUCAAUUGA